GUUCUCUCUAGUGUCAAGUUAUCAUCAAACAUCUCAUUAUGUUUGUUCACUUCUGUUUAGGUCUGCUGGCUCUCUCCUCUGUGGCUGUGGCGUCUGAUCCCACCUGUGAAGAACUUGUAGUACCUCUGCAGGACCGGAACCUGGUAACUGGAAAAUGGACCUAUCAUGUUGGAACGGCAGAUUUCUUGGAUGACCUUAAAUCAGUCACAAGUUCUGUGAUCGAGCUCACAUUAAUCCCCAACAGUAAUGACUUCACAUUACGCUGGCGAGAUAAAAUAGAUGGAACAUGCUAUUAUCAAAGUGUUACUUCCACUUCAGGUAACUCUGCAAAUGUAGACUUUAUCCUUAACGUCGACGGUCACGAGCACGGUGGGAAGUUUCUGAAGACCUGUCCCGACUGCCUCCUCUGGAUCGACGACACUGUGGUGAGGACCCCUGAUGGAGAACCCCAAAGAAAUAGACACCUCUUCUUGUUUACAAAGUCUGGAACACUAGAUGCUGCUCACCUAAAGGCCGUCAAGAAACAGGCCGCGUGCCUCAACUUCACACAGGAUCUGCACUUUGGAAACAGCACAGCCGCCGAGGGCUCUGCAGUGCGGCCUACUCGCCUCUCACGUACUCGGCUCGACCACCCGCUUCCUGCUCCUGUGCCGCCCUUGACGUCUCCCAGCUGGGACGCCGCUCUGGGGAGAUCCCGGUGUCCUGGUGAUCUUGCUGAGGAUCCGAUUACGGCGACAGCGGACGACGACACUUCCCGUGGCAACCGCAGGGCCACAGUAGGAGCCACCAGUAGUUGAAGCCGCCAGCAGCGAAAGCCACCAACCUACACAUGUCGUACAGGAGGUGAGAUGGGACCGAAGAAGGCAAGCAUAAUUACAGAGGAUGAAAUAGAAGAAAUUAAGCAAUCUCUUACUUUUAUGUCAUGAGAGAUUUCGAACAUUUC